AUGGCGCCGAAGAAGAAAGCUGGCGGCCAAAAGCGCAGCAACGAGACGGAUCUCGCUGAGCUCGAAAGGCUCCGGAAGCAAGUCGCAGAACAAGAGAAGGCGUUGAAAGCUGAGCAGGCUCGCAAGGAGGAAGAGAGCCAAGGCAAGCGUCCGGUCAAUAGCCGGCGCCAACGAACCCUAGUGCGCUGGGAUGUUGAUACCGACCUUCGGCUUCUGCUGGCCAUGCAGUAUGCUUGCAAUAAGGAAGGCGUGAAGAUUCCCUGGAAGGAUGUCGCCGAGGCCAUGGGAGAGAAGUUCACAGAGGGUGCGAUCGUUCAGCAUUUGUCCAAGCUGCGUACCAAACGGGAUGAGCAGGAGAAGCCAAAUCCGCCUCCACUGAAGCGUGCAGCAAACGGGUAUCACAAGAACAACAAGAACAACACGAACAACAAGAAGGAGUUGCCUUCCCCAACGGAGGAAUCCGGGCCGAUCACUCGCAGCAAAAAGCGCCGUCGCGGCAAUCCAUCCAAUGAGGCAUCUGAAGACGAUGUGUACACGCUGAAGGAGAAGCAGUUUGCAAAGAACAAGAAGAAAGAUAAGGUAUUCACUGCUCCCAAGUUGCGUACAAAGCGGGAGGAUACCGACAGUGACGACUCACAGAAGCUGGUGUGCGUUGGAGCUGAAUGGCUGGAUGAGUUCACUGGUGACGAUGACCAUGAGGGUAACAAAGCAUCGGAGAGUUCUGAGGAAAGCUCAACCGAAAGCACCCAGGCCACCCCUCAGGCGGCUAAGAAGUCAAAGAUGGUGACCCUCAAGAUGAACAAAGAGCGACUGGCGAGUGUUGACCGCAACCUUGGCGGAUCUGCGACCUUCCGAGAGUCAGUUACCCCAACUAACCCGCCGCACGUUCUUAUCAACAACAUGCCAUCUAGCCACGCAUCCUAUCUCCUUUACCCACCUUCUGAUUCGGUCCCCCACUUUCCUUCUAUGACUCCCUUCUCGACCAACGCUGGGUUUUCCGUUGCAUUCCCUUCCAAUGGCCCGAGCCCCUUUGACAUUGUCAACCGGGCACCCAGCACUAUCAACGAUACUUUCCCUGGUACAGAAGCAUAUGCUCGGUUUGAGAACCCUUUGCUCGCAUUCCCAGAGAGUUACAACGGCCAGGAUAUGAUGCCGGUGGCUGGUUACACAGAAACCAGUGGUUUUGAGAACCAGUUCAUCCCUGAGAGUGAACUGUUUGUCAGUCUCCCUGACGUCGAGCCUCCCCGAUACCUUGGCUACGACGGUGAGGACACUAAGGAAUUUUAA